AUGGGAGCAGGUUCAUCUACAGCAACUGUCAUCACAAAUCUUCAUUCUACUGCGAGGGCAGCGGAAGGAAAUUCUUCUCAGUCUGGAUCUGCUACUCCGAGACCUCCAACCACACAACCAACAGUAUCAUUAGGGACAUCACGAGCAUUAUUACAAGUAUCUCAAAGACCAGUUCAGCUGCAACAUGCAUUGCCUCAGAACCGUCAGCAGCCAACUCAACAAAGGCCAAAUGCUGCUCCUUCCCCAAAUUUGCAUUCCAGAUCUCAACAAGUCCAGACUGAUUCACCUGAAAAUAGUGCACCAAGACCUUUGGUAAGGCAAGUUUCUCAGCAUAAUUUGCCUCAAGCAAGAGUAGUUCUGAGGCUGCCUAAUGAUAUUGCAGAUACGUAUCCAAGGGAAGAAUAG